AUGUUCCUCCCAAAAAACGAGGUCCGAGAUUCAGAAGCCAACGCGUCGGUCAUUCAGGCCGGACGGAGGAAAUCACGAUCACGGCUGCGCCGGAGAGCGCCUCGGCAUCGUGUGCAGCCCCUUCGGCAAGCCCCCUCAGCUCGGUUCACAUACCGGGCCGCCGGACAAAUAUCCUCUGCAAUCCCAACUACUCGUUGCCGGGCAAUCUAUGACGAGUUGGCCGACUUCAUCGGAAUGAUUGAGCCGACACGCUCGUUGGGGCUGACAAUGCACGACUGCAUCGAUUUGUACAUGGAGUGGAUAUUUCCUCUGUCGCCACUCGCAUGUGAGGCUGAUAUCCGCAAAGGAGUCACUACAAUCGUACAAAUUGCCCAUUGUCCUCAACAGCCCCUGGAUCCCAGCCUAUCUGAAACUCGAGAAGACGUCUCAGUUUCCGAGGAUUUUGGCCUUCUGGAGAUGCGCACAUUUUCGUUACUGACGGCCUUGUGCUCCAUCACCUGCUGCAUUGUGCCGGCGAGCAUUUGGCCGGCUGGGAACUCGCUCGCGUGGCCGCUCCUGCAGGCGUCAAGAAAUAUGCUGGCUUGCUAUCAAGAUGUUGACAUCCAGGCACCUGAUUCCAGCUCGAUAAUCAUCCGAUACUACCAAGCAAAUGCACUUCAUGCGCUCGGCAGAGCUAGGAUGUCAUGGCACCUCAUGGGGGACGCUCUACGAUUUGCGUCAGAGAUGCGCUUAUUUGACGAAAGCGCCUAUCAACAUGUAGAGGCCGUAGAGGGCCAGAUAUUGAGGAAUGUGUUUUGGCACCUGCAUAGUGGGGAUAAGUCAGCAUCCAUACUCAACAAUGUGCCCAUCACUCUCCACCAAAUUCUACUUGGCUCUACCAUAACCACUGCGUUCUGUGGGCAGCAGCAAACGGAACUCAUCAACGCACGAAAAUACCCAGAUGCACCGAAUUUUGAGGAGCAAUUAUACGAGGGCUUUAAUUUGUGCCAGGGAAUUUGGUCGGCAGCCUCUAACGUCCUUGUCGACAUUCAAGUUCUCGUCCACGUUCACUCGAGAUUUAACCUUGAGGUUCCCACCAGCGACCUGACAAAGAACGCAAUCACGGACUCAUACCUAUCAUUCAGUGGCGUCCUAGAUACCUUACCAGCAUGGUUGAGGGACCCCAUGUUGAUAAAGUCGGCUGACGAGCGAUCCGAACGGUCCCAAAGACGAGCAUUCUGGACGCAGAGAGCCAAUUUACUGGUGACAUUCCACUGCCUGCGGCUAAUUCUUGUGCAGAAAUGCACUGACCACGGGCUGUUGUCGCUUCUUGGCCUCUCUGAGGACGAAACAAUGUUGGCCUUCCGCAAGACCGAAAUUGCUAGUGACCUACUCAAUGUUGCGAUGGGCGUACCCUUCGAGGCCCUCCAGGCAAACGGAGAGCCCUGCGUCGGCAUGAGUCUCCUACAAAUUCUAAACAGCGUGACCAACCCAUCCAUUGUUGCUCGCGCCAAGUCACUCUUCACAUCUCUGCUAGACAUUCUGGCCAGACUCGCGGGAGCCAGGAUUUUCUUCAACCGGGUCUUGAUUCCUACUCCGACAGAUUUUGAGAACUUCAAUAGGAUGGGGAGCAACGAGGUGCGCGCCAUGAAUGGCGAAAGGACGUAUCAUAACCCUAUUGUACCGGGCUUCGCACCAGACCCAUCGGUUGUGCGCGUUGGCGGAGUCUUCUACCUCGUCACCUCUAGCUUCCAUGUCUUCCCAGGAAUACCGAUAUAUUCAUCUACCAAUCUGCAAGACUGGGCGUUGAUUGGUAAGUCCUGGGUCAUUCUCGAGAUAUUUCAGGCCACGGCACGGUCGUUUCCUCUUGACACUGGCCACUCGAUGGUGGCUAGCGCAGGCCUGUUCGCGCCAACAAUACGCCAUCAUGGAGGAACAUUUUACAUCGUCUGUACGAAUUGUUUCCACCACGAAGAUGCUUGGCGCUACGAGAACUUCCUGAUCAGCUGUAAGGACAUCGCUUCCGACACAUGGUCCGAUCCAUUAUACUUUCCGUUCCAAGGCAUCGACCCGGAUCUCUUUUUCGACGAUGACGGACGUGUCUACGUGCAAGGCUCGUGGCAAAUGGACCGCCUGAAACAACCAAGUUGCACUAUCAAACAAUUUGAAAUAGAUUUGACGACGGGCAAGCCCUUGACUGAGCCCCGUGAGAUCUGGGGCGGCUUUGCAAAAUAUGAUACCGAAGGGCCCCAUAUAUACAAGAGGGGGGAAUGGUACUAUCUCCUCGUCGCCGAAGGCGGCACAUUUGAGCAUCAUUUGCUCAGCAUUUCUCGGUCUCGGAACGUGGCUGGGCCAUAUGAGUCAUUUGCAGGGAACCCAAUCUUGACCGCAGAUGGCAAGAACGAGUAUAUACAAAAUGUUGGACAUGGAGAUCUGUUUCAAGAUGAACAUGGGAAUUGGUGGGCAGCAGUACUUGGAGUGAGGAAUGAGCCUGGUCAGCCUCUCGGCCGCGAGUCGUUCCUCGCCCCUGUCGACUGGCCAGAAGGGGGCUGGCCACAGGUAUCACAGCCAGUCAUGAAGUUCGGUCGGCAUGCUAUCGUCGAGAUUGGUUUCAGGCAAAAUGUUCCUCGUGUAAAACGGCAGGAGGACUGUUACAUAAGAAAUCCGGACCUAUCGCACUACCAUUUGGACGGAGACACUGAACAAAUGAUCACCUUAUGUGCUACUCCUAACUCACUCUCUACACCGACGGGCACGACGACUUUCAUUGGAAAGAGACAAAGAUCCUUUCACAGUGUGUCAACGACAAUAUUGCAACUUCCAAAUCUAAGCGGAAACCCAGCAGAUCUUGUUGCUGGAUUGGCGCUGUACAAGGACCAUCUUCGCCACGCAUCCGUUGCGUACAACUCGAGCGCUUCUCAGGUACAGCUGAACAUCUGCAAUUCAGCAAGCAGAAUUCAUCGCACCGAGACACGCGAGAUCGCCUCGAAGGUGGACAGGCUAGGCUUCAGGAUCGUUGCCUCCCCGGAAAACUAUAUGUUCUUCUUCCGAGAUGAGUCGGCCCCGGGCAGUUGGGUUGAGCUGGGAUGUCUAGACGUCCAGGACUUUCAAGCUAGAGAGUUCACUGGACCCAUCUUUGGGAUCUUCGCCACAGGUGACAAUCGAGAUGUGGUUUUCAGCGGCUUCGUAGUGGAGCAAUAA